AAUAAUUUAAUAAUAAGAAUUCUUUCAUUAACAAUCUGCGUAUAUAAAUAAUGAUUAUCUGCAAAUAAAUUGCAGUAAAAGAAGUUAAUCUAUUGUGAAAAUUUUACACUUGAAAGUAAUGAAAACGUAUAAGUGUCUACGUUCAUUAUUGCAGUUAUGCAACUAUACUUCGUAAAUAAAAUUAUGCUUGUCGUACAACGUUCGUGUAUUGAUUCAAUGAGUUUAACGAGAAAAUAACAAUAAAAAAAUAAAUUAAUUUGUAUCAACGCAUGCGAAAAUGUGUGAAUAAAAUCGGGAAGAAAAGAAAAGAACGCAAUAACGACGUAAUAUCUUUGUAUAUUUCGACGUUGCUCGUGCGCAUCGAUCUUGCGCAUAUAUAACGAGCUCGACCAAAUUCGUACUUACUCGGCUCGAGUCGGCCAAGUCAGAGAUGCACGAGUCUUUCGGAGUGGGAUGGUUAGUGUUUCGUGACUUACUUCAUUUCCAGCCGAGUGUUCGUUCUUUCAACUCUGUUGAAGGACAACGGCAUCGUUCGUCAUACCUUUAACAUCUCCGUCUCUCGAAAAAUUCACUCUCAUGCGUUCAGUGUAUCCAAACGCAGUACAUCUCGAAAUGUACAACGAAGUGUUAAUGUAGUAUUUAUUGCAAGUCGUGGAACGACGGAGACGCCAUUCACGUGCUGGACGUCGCGAAACCGAUAUCGGACAUAGGAAGUGCUACAACAGCUCGCGUGGCUCGAGGUACUUGCAAGGAGAAUAAUUCGAAUAAGAAUUUUUUUUUCCUUUCGAUAUGGAACAGAAGAGGCUGUACAAGGUGGUGCUCACAGGAGGACCGUGCGGCGGAAAGACGACAGGACAGACACGGCUUUGUACGUUCUUCGAAAAUAUGGGAUGGAAGGUGUUCCGUGUUCCCGAGACAGCGACUGUGCUGCUCAGUGGCGGCGUCAAGUUUUCAGACCUGAACGCUGAAGAAGCAGAACGAUGUAAAUCGUGCUCGUCUGAAGUACCAAACAAAAAGAAAUUGGAAGAUAACGCAAAGUGGCCAGAGAUUUUGGAAGUCGAUUCGAGUAAGGGAUUCAAAUUUCAAGAGAAUCUCUUACGUACGAUGAUACAGAUUGAAAAUACUUUUUUUCAAUUAGGCGAAAGCUGUUCGAGAAAUUGCCUUAUAAUCUGUGAUCGUGGUGCCAUGGAUGCAUCGGCAUUUAUCUCGAAGGAUAAAUGGGAAUUGAUGAUGGCUUCUAAUGGUUGGAACAACGUGGAGUUGAGAGAUAAUCGAUAUAAUCAGAUCAUACAUAUGGUAUCCGCAGCGAAUGGCGCAGAAGAUUUUUAUUCCACCGAGGAUCAUGCUUGUCGUUCGGAAGGCGUCGAACUUGCAAGAGAAUUAGAUUACAAAGCUGCGGCGGCUUGGGUCGGGCAUCCUUACUUUGACGUGAUUGACAAUUCGCAAGAUUUCGAAAUGAAACUCUGUCGUAUGAUCGAAUGCGUUUGUCAGAAGCUAGGUAUCGAUACGGGUGAUCGAUUACGUUCUAGCAGUUGUAAGGUCAAGUUCCUCGUAAAAGGUCCUCUACCGUUGGACAACGAAUUCCCGCCAUUCCAGGACUUCGAUGUCGUACAUAACUACCUCCAAAGUAAUAAUCCAAAAAUGCAGGCUCGUCUGCGAAAACGUGGUCAAAAAGGUCACUGGUCUUACAUUCAUACCAUCAGACGACCAAAAAUGUGUGGUCAAGUUAUCGAGGUAAAAACCCAAUUAACACACAGAGACUAUCUAAAUAUGUUAGCGCAACGCGAUGAUUCCCACUUCACUAUCUUCAAAAGACGACGUUGUUUCCUUAUCAAUAAUCAGUAUUUUCAGCUGGAUAUAUAUAAAGAGCCGGCACAUCCAAGAUGCCGAGGUCUCAUGUUACUCGAAACUUAUACGGCGUUGACGGGAGACGAUUUGAAAAAUAUCCUACCACAGUUCCUUAUUAUCGAGAAAGAAGUUACCGGGAAUCCCGAUUAUAGCAUGUUCAAUCUUAGUUUGCGAGAAGAAUGGAAUAGCACGAAUAAAUAUUGCCACAAUUUGCAUGAUUACGCUCUUGCAGGAUUGCCGCCAGAUUCUGGACUGCUGGAGAAUAAACGUCUUAAUCUUUCAGAUGUGAAAGAUUCUUCUACGACUAGGAAACAAGUUAAUGGAGUUGAUUUUAGGAUCGGUGGUAUAGAACGCGAUGUAAAUAAUGUUAUCAAUGUAGAACCAAAUGGUAUUAACGGUGUGGAAAAUGGAGAUAGUAAAUAUUCCGAUUUAAAUAAUGUAAAGAGCAAUCAAGAGAGUCAAAUGCGUCUAUGUAAUAGUCCAAUGAAAAAAUUAAAUGAUUUGCCACAAGAAAAGCAAAUCGAAGAACAUAAUAAGAAUGGCUUUCACGGUAGCGUUAAAGCAUAGCAGUGACAAUACAGAGAAAGAAAGAGAGAGAGAGAGAAAGAGAAUGAGAAUGAGUGAGUGUAAAAACAGAGAGAGAAAAAGUUGAAUAAUUUCCAGAAGAAAAAGAUGUCAUAUAUUUUAUCGGCACUGGCAAAAUUACACAUUAUAUAAAAAAGAAUUUACAUAAAAAGAUUAUUUUUUAAUCGAUCCUGCGUGUUACACAUUUGGAUAUCUUCCAUUAAUAGAAUGCACUUAAGGAUUCAAUCGUGACUUGUGUUCUUCGUUGAUCCAUCAACAAGUGAUGUCCAAUGAAAUACCAAGUAUUUUUACACUUGAAUAAUGUUUCACUUCCUUAUUUACUAUGUAUUUUACUACCAAAAGUAUUGUCUUGAUUUUUAAUUAAGGAAAUUACUAUGAAUGAUUCUGAUAAUAUAUAUAUAUAUAUAUAUAAAAUUUUUGCGGUAUAAAAAAACAAAAGGAGCACGUGAUUGUAUGAUUUUUUGAAAUAGAACGUACAAUCAACAAAUUUUCUCAAUAAAAUCUAUUGUCAUUUUCUCCAUAGUAAUUAACAUCUUUCCCAUUAAAUGUCUAAAACUUACGAAGAAAAUAAAAAUAAAAAUAAAAAAAAAAAAAAACCAAAAUAAAUUAUAUAAAAUAAAAUAAAAAUCAACAAUUACCAAGAAACUUUUAUCAUAACUUUCGAAUUUCAAAUAAUAGCGUGAGAAUAUUAAAUGGUAGCUUAAUUUACGGAUGUGGUGGUAUUAAUUAUCAUAGAUAUAUAUGUGACUAUCUUCUGUCGACUGUAAGAUGCACAUUGCUUGUCUAUUGAUUAUUAUCUUGUAGAUUAAAAAAGAAAAAAAAAAGAGUAAAAAAGUGAUGGAAAAAGUAUGUUUCAACGAUUGUAAUGUUCUGUAACAUACGAAAAUUACGUAUUUAUAACAUAAAAAAAAAAAAAAUAAAACUUAUAGAUAGUUAGCGGGCACAUACCCGUUCCAAAUAACUUAAAUAUACAUAUUAUGAUUUAAUUAUAAAAAAAAUUUCUGUGAUUAAUUGCAGAAGUAUGACUGAGUUUCUACGAAAGAUCAUAAUUUAUUACAGAUGUAUAUCAAACGGAUUAAGAUCUUCGAAUAACAGUGGCAUGAUGUAUAAAUAUGUUUUCUUCAGAAAUUAAAACAAAACUAGAUGAACUAUGGUGGCUACACUCUUUGUGCUUAUUUACAUAGGACAGACACGUUUACUACAUUUUGCCAUUCUUUAAAGAUAAAGUGCCUGUGAGAUAUUCAGUCGCGAAAAUAAAAAAAGAAUGAUAUAUAAAUAUAUAUAUUUUCAAUGAAAAAUGCAAUAAGUUAUUAUCACUUAUCUCAUGUAUAAUGGAUCUGAGCUCAUAUUGUACCCAUUAUUGUCUAAUAAAAUAUCAUGUGCCUAUCAA